AUGGAUCUACAUACAUUUAAAAUUUACGUGUCGGAAACAGAAUAUUUUCCCGUCAAUCUCGAAUACACGACACCGCAAUAUACGGAGACGGGAAAAUUCGUCGACGCCAUUCCGUUGGAUUACCAUAAAAAUUCUUAUUUUCGUUCGCUGGCAGCCUGUUAUGUCUCCACGUUCAAAUCCGGAAUUUCCGAAGAUCACCUGAAUAAUUCCAUUUCCCAUUCACAACUGGUCACGUCAACCGUAAAAUUUCACGUUCAUUAUCAAAUGGAAAAAUUCAUGAAAAAUCCAAAAUUACUGGAUCAUUAUCUGACGGAGGAUGAUCUUGUCACCAUCCGAAAACAUACACCCGUUCGCGAAACAUGGGAAAGACGAACAUUAUCUUCGCAUGCGAAUGUGGGAACGUGGUAUUGUGGAUUACCUGUAGACGUCCGUCGUAAAAUCCGGCGUCAACAUUACGUACGAACUCCUUACGGCGGAACGUACAUCGAGUACGAAUAUUUAACGGGAAGAUUUCCAAAGGAUGUAGCGAACGACUAUAAAAUUUUCAUUCCGAAAACAUCGCGUGAACUCAUGAAAUUAGGGCAACGCCUCUUUCAACAGUCUCUCGAAGUUUAUACCUACGCCGUGCUUGGAUCGCAAGCGAAAACCCGGUGGAGUAUUACGGGCCCGGGUGCUAAAAGUUUACAGACGCAAGACGUCUUUCGAAAAGUUUUGGGAGACAGUAUUGUUCAAAGUGACGUGACAACAAUCAUUCGAAACAUGCGAACGGCGAUCGCAGAUACAAACGUCGUCUUAAAUUUUGCCAUCAUGCCCGGAUUAAUUUUAAUACCGUCCGAUAUGAAAAUUUUACAAAGACCUUUGGCGGGAUACAAUAAUAUUUUAACGUUGGUCAAAAAUGGAAUGAGUUUUGGAAAGAAUGAAAAAGUGAAUUUUGAAGGGAUCGUUGAAACACCUACUCCUUUGAUAGAUCCCAUAAAACCUAAGAGUCCCGUAAAACCUAUAAGCCCUGUAUCUCCUACGAUAAAUCCAUAUAAAAAAGGGACUGAAACCUUACAUCCUGUGAAAGAUCCAACCGUUCCGAAUUCACAAACUUUAAGUUUGGGAAUUUUAACAGCUGUUUCAACGGGAGUUGCUUAUUUUAUAUUCAGGUAAUAAAGUGAGUAUACGGAUGGGAUACGACUACUUCGAGAACAAUGAUCUCGAAGAAAAAGUGACAAGUCUUGAAAAAGCACAGCAAGGGAAUACGGCCGAGAUCGUGAAAAAUGUGAACGGAAUUAUCGAACUCAACGAACUCGGAAGAAAUCCACCCGUCCAGUACGACCUUACACAACUACCUGGAUAUCCACCUGGAUUUUUUGGAACCGGAACUAUUUCCACUGCCAAUCAGAAAAAAACAAAAUUUAUUAUUUUCAAAGUCGGUGGAUUCGAAAUAAAUUUUGAAUCCCAAUCUUCACCCUACGGAUUUUACGAAGGAAAUAGUGGAAACAUCGUUCUAUUCUCGAUGACAUCAAGAAGUGUUAUCGUUCGUACAUCUUUUUCGUUCACGUACGCUCGUGGAAGAAUAUCUAUUUUCAGUCUUGAAUUUAAAAAUAUAAGUUCGACGGGAAAUGUAUCUAACCGGAACGAAGCAACGGUCUUAAAAUGUCUGCUUAUCACAACGUAG